GGAGAAGCCCCAAAGAGAAACAGAGAUGGCCAAAUUGACAGAGUCGAUGACCAACGUCCUGGAAGAAGACUCAAUGGAGCAGGACAUCGAGAGCCCUGUCACUAUCCAUCAACCAAAGUUGCCCAAACAAGCCAGAGAGGAUCUGCCAAAAAACAUCAGCAAAGAAUGUGCCAAGAGAAAAAUCCAGAGGUACGUUCGGAAAGAUGGGAAAUGCAACGUGCACCACGGGAAUGUCAGAGAGACUUACCGGUACUUGACUGACAUCUUCACCACCCUGGUGGAUCUCAAGUGGAGGUUCAACCUGCUGAUCUUUGUCAUGGUUUACACGGUGACCUGGCUCUUCUUCGGCAUGAUCUGGUGGCUCAUUGCCUACAUGCGAGGGGACAUGGAUCACAUAGGGGACAGCACGUGGACCCCCUGCGUCAGCAACCUCAAUGGGUUUGUCUCAGCCUUUUUAUUCUCAAUCGAGACCGAAACCACCAUUGGGUACGGUUACCGGGUCAUCACGGACAAGUGUCCCGAGGGAAUUAUCCUGCUUUUAGUGCAGUCUGUCCUAGGUUCUAUCGUCAACGCCUUCAUGGUUGGCUGCAUGUUUGUGAAAAUAUCCCAACCCAAGAAGAGGGCAGAAACCUUGGUUUUUUCUACAAACAUUCAGAGUCAAGCACCUGGGCAGACCCAGAAGAGAAAGCCAGAAGAGAAAUAA